AGUAAUAGCAUCACUCACGCUCUCUUACACUACUACAGCUAGCCACAUGAAAGAGUUAGAAACAAUGUCUCCCCCUUUCUCUCUCUUUAACCUUCUCUUCAUCUUCAUUUCCUUCUCCACAUCUCCUUACUCCGCCGCUGCAAAGUCCCACAAUGCACCGCGAGAUCUAGUCCGUUCAUCCUGCGUCCACGCUAGUUACCCUAACCUCUGCCUCCGCACUCUUUCCUCUUAUGCAGGCCCUGCCAACACCCCACGUGACCUGGCCCAAGCAGCUGUCAAGGUAAGCAUUGCACGUGCCAGGAAAGUGUCAAACUACCUGAGCACACUCUCGGGUCUUAAGAAAAAGAGAGAGCGAGUUGCACUGAGUGAUUGUAUUGAGCAGAUAUAUGACUCGGUGGAUGAGCUGAGCAAGACACUGGGUGAGUUGAAGCAUUUGAGAGAGGAAACGUUUGGGUGGCAGAUGAGUAAUGCACAGACAUGGGUCAGCGCUGCUUUGACUAACGAGGACACGUGUCUUGAUGGGUUUCACGAAGUUGAAAGCAAAGCCAAGGAUGAUGUGAAGAGAAAGAUCACUAAUGUUGCUAGGGUUACUAGUAAUGCUUUGUACAUGAUUAAUCGUCUUGAUGAAAGUCGUGGGAGGCCAAAGCUGGGACGUCAUUGAAUAUGGAAAGCUUCUGUGAUUUGUAAUAUAUCUUUGUAUUUUGCACCCCUUUUUUUUUUAAGUGUUUUUAUAUAUGGAAGCUGUAUGUAAGAUUUCACCGACUUAUUAAUCCAGUUUGUGCCCA